GACACUGGUGUGGAAAAGAUGGCUGCUUCGGCGGCAACGGCGAGUUCUUCCCCCGGUUUGUGUCCAAAUUACGCCGUGAUUUGCUCCUUCCUGGAGCGGUACGGAGCGUUGUUGGACUUACCGGAGCUCACCUUUCCUCAGCUGGAGAGAUAUCUGCAGGACACAUCCUCAGUUCCAAAGCUGCUGGUUGAUCUUCACGUCAAGUUGCUGAGGAAGAUCGGCAAGUCGGUGACCGCAGACAGAUGGGAGAAGUAUCUAGUGAAGGUAUGUCAAGAGUUCAACACAACCUGGGCAUGGGAACUCGAACAAAAAGGAUACAAGGAGCUGCCGAUGGAGUGCAAGACGGGGAUACUUAAAUAUUUGUGUGAGUGUCAGUUUGAUGACAAUGUGAAGUUCAAAACUGCCAUCAAUGAGGAGGACCCAGAUAAGAUGCGGCUGCAGCCGAUCGGCCGGGACAAAGAUGGUCAGAUGUAUUGGUUUCAACUGGACCAGGACGACAAUGUGCGUGUUUAUUUGGAGGAACAGGACGACUUAGACGGGUCGUCGUGGAAGUGCAUCGUCAAAGAUAGAAAUGACUUGGCUGAGGUUGUGGCCCUGCUGAAGACACAAAUCGACCCUGCACUGUUAAAAAAAGAUCAAGAAACCAAACCUGACGGUGAAGAGGGUGAAGUUAAAAAGAUUGAGGACUCAUCGGAUGAAGACAACAAAGACUCCAACAAGGAUGUUGGUCCACUCUCACCAAAGAGCGAGAAUAAGGAAAAAGUAACAGAGAAAGACAACAUGAAAUCAGAAACAUCGGAGGCCAAAUUAUCACUAAAUGGCACUAUUGAAGGCAAAACUGAAACAGAGUUCAACUCCGAAAAGCCUACAGAUCUCGGUAUCGGUUCAAAAGCCCAGAACAUCAAAGAAGAGCCGAUGGAGGUGUCAAACACUAAAACGAGCACAGCAACAAGUGAACCCUCCUCUGAGGCGCCGUGUAUAUCAGUAAAGGCAGAAAAGGGAGAGGAGGCUAGGAAGAACAGCGCUGAGGAGAUUCAGCAAGCUCUGAAGAACGACCAACAGGCGAAAAUCCCUUUGAAAAAAAGAGGAAUGAAAUUUAGUGAAGACUUUGAAAAACAUAGUGGCAUCAUAGUGCCAAACCCAUCUGUUUCACAGGUCAAAGAAGCUCCUAAAGCUGACUCGGCUCCCGGACAGACCAAGAAAGCGCAGAGUGUAAAUGAUCACGUUAAUGGUGAAGUUCAGCCUUCAUCAGAGAAAGGCUUCCAGAGUAAUUUGUGCAAGUCACCAAAUGACGCCGCCGUCGACAAAGAGCAGACGGUUGAACCAGUUGCAGAUAAAUCUGUAGAAAAGAGAGAAAAUGACUCUCCAUCCACACACAAGGAUGAUACGAGAGAUAAAAAGGAUGAAGCUUGCAGUGCAGAGAAGGUCACAGAGGGAGUCUCAUCAAACCAAGCAAACUCUGGCAAGAAAAACAUAGAUGUGCAGGUAGAAAAGGGAAGCACUGCAUCAAAAGAAAAGAAAGGAGCACACAAGUCUCCACUGCCUUUACCUGAAGACGUGAAUAAUGAACCCGAGAAGUCGUCUAAUCACGAAGAGCAUGACAAAAUAAAAGAAUCCAAACCAGCAGCUUCAAAAGAGUCUCGUACAGUAGACAAGACAUUAAAGGAAACCGAUAAAACAUUAACAGCUGGUGAGUCAGAGAAAGUCACAUCCAAAGAAGUUGAAUCAAAAGAUUCAGAGGAAAAACCAGGCAGUGUAGACACAUCAGAGUCAAAUCAGACUGAAGAAACCCAGAAGUCAGAAAAUGUAACGGACAUGAAGCAAGCAGAAAUGGGUGAUCCUAAAGAAACAGCAACAUCUGAGACUAAAUUGGAUAAAUCGGUGGCAAAAGAAAAGCCCGAAGUCAUCAAAACCGCAGACCAAUAUCCUGCAAAGAAAUCUGCCGACGCUGUAUCACCAUCUGUCAUUAAAAAAACAGAAAUACUAAAAGACAGUGAUAAUACAGAGACCCAAGAAGCCACACAAACUCCUAAGGUCAUUGAAAAGGCAGACAAACCAGUAAUCGGUGAGAAGUCACAAGGCACAUCCAACACUGAAGAGAGUGCAGAGUCGUCCGUUAUUAAAAAGCUAGACAAAUCAUGUAAACCUGUAGAGAAGCACGAUAACGUCAAAGAUGCAGAGAUGAAGCCAGAGCAAGCCAGUGCAGCCUCCGAGACUAACACAGAAAAGACGAAAAAGACAGAGAAGCCUGAAGACGUAAAGAAAACUGUCAACUGUGAAGACAAUACGAAACAUUCUGUUUCCAAGAUAAGCGACUCUACGCCCAGGGCUAUGGGGGUAGAAGCCGUGGCCGUUAAACCCGAUCUGACAAAGCCACAAGAGGAUGACAAAACUGAGAUUAACUCAGUUGCAUGUAAGAUGACAGAGGAAGCAUCUGAAGGGAAAGAUAAACCAUCCAGUGCUGUUGAGAAGACAAACAUCUCCAAAGAAAGUGAUAAAAAACCUGAAAGACCAGACGCAGAACAGGAAAAGUUGUCUGAAGAACAGCCUAAAAAAAUUGGGACGGAGUGUCCGUCAUCAGAAAAUAAAAAGGAUGCCCAGAAGGAAAACAAAAAGGACCCAGUCAAGGAAAAUAAAAAGGACACAGUCAAGGAAAAUAAAAAGGACGCGGACAAUGAAAAUAAAAAGGACACUGUCAAGGAAAAACUUAAAAAUGACAGUGAGAAACCCCAGUGUCAAGACAAAGAAAAUAAAGAGGAUUCAGACAAUGCAAAUAAAAAGGACACAGUCAAUGAGAAUAAAAAGGACACAGUCAAUGAUAAUAAAAAGGAAACAGUCAAUGAGAAUAAAAAGGAAACAGUCAAGGAAAAUAAAAAGGACACAGUCAAGGAAAAACUUAAAAAUGACAGGGAGAAACCGCAGUGUCAAGACAAAGAAAAUAAAGAGGAUUCCACAACUGAUACGCUUACAAAAACAGAUGAAUCAAAGGAGGAGAAACAUGCUAAUAAAGAGAGUAAAACCUCGACCAAAAUCAAGGAAUCUGGUCACCAAAAGGUGAGCAAAGAACCCGACAGCAAAUCCGCAACUGAAACGGAGAAAGCCCGCCCCCCAAGCAAAGAACUGGAUACCAAAAAGCCCGCUGACGAGGAAAGUAAAAGCAAAAGUGAAGAAGAGGAUUCUGCGACAAAAAAAGGGGUGGCGAAUGGUGGGGAAGCUCCGUCCGAGCUUUACCGUCGGAAAAUCAAGCCCCAAGCCCACCGAAGGAAAGCUGAACUUCAGAGAGAGGAGAGACAAGCGGAUUCUGAGUCCGAUACGAACACAGGGAGAUCCCUUCGGAGAUCACCCAGAAUCUCCAGACCAACACCGAAGGUGGUGGAGAUCCACGACAGGAAGCUGGAGAAAUCUCAGGCCGCUCCACUGGCUGAGAAGUGUGAGGACAACGAGGGUGAGAAAGAAAAAGAUGAUGAGGAGGAGGAAGUGAAGGCCGUUCAAAAGAAACCAAGAGAGAAAAAGCCUGAUCAGGAGGGUCAGCCCAAACCUAAGGGGAGAAAGAGACGUAAGGUUCGGUGGUCCAACACACGAACACGCCGUAAAAAGAAAGGCUCCGAAGACGACAACGACAGCGAGGAGGAGUCCAGUGAGGAGGAGGAGGAGAGCGAGGAGGAGGACGACAGCGACGAAGACUACAAGGUUGAGCGAGGCAGAAAAAGGCGGAAUCGUAACCGAGAAAGGCGAAGCUCGGACUCCUCGACAUCCUCAGACGACGACCUACCUCCUAAUGACGACCCCUGCAAACAUUGCGGUCUUCCAAAUCACCCUGAGCUGAUCUUGCUGUGUGAUUCGUGUGACAGCGGGUACCACACAGCCUGUCUGAGGCCUCCCCUCAUGAUCAUCCCCGACGGAGAAUGGUUCUGUCCACCCUGUCAACAUAAGCUACUCUGUGACAAAUUGGAUGAGCAGCUCCAAAACCUUGACGCUGCUUUGAAAAAGAAGGAACGGGCCGAGAGAAGGAAAGAGCGUCUCAUUUAUGUUGGAAUCAGUCUUGAAAACAUCAUCACGCCCUCAGUGGAGGAGGAGGAAGAAAAGCCAGAGAUCAUCAUCAAAGAGAAGAAAGAAACAAAGCGCAGUAAGAGCUGGGGCCGAAGGUCUACGAGGACAAAGAAAUCCAUCAGCUACAGAUUUGAUGAAUUUGACGAGGCGAUCGAGGAGGCAAUUGAGGAAGACAUCAAAGAAGCAGAGGGCGGAGGAGCUGGUCGGGGCAAAGACAUGGCCAACAUCACAGGGCACAGAGGGAAGGAUAUGUCCGUCAUCCUUCAAGCAGAUGAGGGGAAAGAGAACGGCCGCCCGCCACGACCCUCCGCCGGUCAGCGCAGGAAAAAACGCAGGCGACUGAAUGACCUGGACAGCGACAGCACCGUGGACGAGGAGGAAAGUGAGGACGAGUUUCGCAUCAGUGAAAGCUCAGAAGAAGAGUUUGUCGUGUCAGAAAAUGACACGGACGGUGAGUUUGAGGUGGACUACAAUGACAGCGACUUUGGCAGCAACAGCAGCAGGCAUCGUACUUCUUCGCGGCCCAGAAAGGCACUGAAACAACGACGAAGCUCCAGAAAACGGCGGAGACCGCGAGGUUACUCGGAUGAUGAAGAGGAGGAGACAGAUGAGGAAGAUGAAGAUGAAAUAGCGACUGAAGGCUCCAGCGAGUACAGCGACAGUGAUCUGGACAUGAGUCGACGGCGGUCUCGGCGGAGUUUGAAGAAGCAGGUGAACUACUGCGAGACGUCCGAGUCCGAAGGCUCUCAGGCAGAAACCAACCGGGCCAAAAUGAAACCCAGACCCCGCCAGGAUAGCUCCGACAGUGAGGCGAGUUUCUCCAGAGACUCUGAGGAGGAGUCGAGGGAUCCGAGGGUGAAGAGGAAAGCCGACUCCUCAGAGGAAGAUUCCCGGCAGCGGCGCAGACGUCUUGCACUAAAGCGCAGGAGAGCUUCUGAAGACGACGACUCGGACGACGACUCUGACGAAUCGUCGGAGGAGGAUCGCCCCGUCCGUAAACGCGUGAACCGCAUAGACUCGGAUGAUGACGACGACGAGGAACAGGAGGAGAAACCGAAGGAGAACAAAGCAGCUGAAAAAGAAGACGAGGAGUCAAAGGGAACAAACCCAGUGGACUGCAAUCCCACUAACGGACAGAGCCCGAUUAAGAGCCUCGAGGGCCUCGUGAGCAAGCCCGCUGCCGCCACUCCAGACCUCACCCCACAUCUGGAGCCACCCAAAAACAUCAGCGCCACACCAGCCGCUGCCAUAGCACCAAACGGUCUGGUUGGCCAGGAGUUGGCGGCGCAGGAGGAAGACGAAGACGACCUGUUAGGAGUCACAGACCUAGUGGACUACGUCUGCAAUAACGAAGAUUUGUAAAAAAACAAAACAAAAAGUGUAUUGUUUCAUUUUUUGUGGUAUUGUAUUUUUAUAUUGCUUAACUUUAUUAUUCCCUCCCCCACGAACAUUUCCUUGUCGUCCUUUUUAUUUGUGUCAUCUGGACCUUGAGUCUCCACAAUCUCUGCUACAGUAAGAACUGGAUCUCUGUCACCAGUCUGAUGCUGUCCCUGUGGGUUUGUACUACAAAUAAGGGCACCAAACGAUCAACUCUCAUUUGUUUGGUAAUAAUCAGUUUACCCACAUCCUCCAGCUCCACUGCCAAACCACCUCCUUCCUCUAAAAACAACUCAUUUCUCCCCUCACAUCAUCCCGUUUUUUAUUUUGUUACAUCCAGGAUUUCUACAAAUUUUAUCUCCUUACUUGUCUACAUUGAUGGAAAAUUGGCACUGAAAUUGUUUAAUGUGUAGGAAAUAGUUUAAGACUGCCUAUUUAAAUGUUUAACGACUGGGACUUUUAACAUUUUUAAAGAUUAAACUAAGUCAUUCCAUAAUUAAUUCAAAGAUCUGUUCACUCAUAUAGCUGGAUCAGGUAUAGGUUACAGUGGAGUCAAUCUAUUCAAUGCAACUCUGUUUAUAUACUAUAUACAUUAUAUACUGAUCAUUAAAUUAGAAAAAUAAAAACAAAAUCAUCCAAAAAAAAACAACAACCAGCGAUGUACUCAGCCAAUCGCUGAUAGAUGCUAUAUUCGUCCAGUCGCCCCAACCCUAGUAUCUACUGUAACUCUCCUAAAUUAGCCCAAAUAUCAAACUUUUGCUUCAAACUAUUCUGGUUUAUAAUAUGUAAAAGCGUUAGAUGAGACUAUUUAUUCUUGUCAAAUAAACUUCAAGACUAAUAACUAGUCGACCAACCUUCAUUUGUCAGCCCUCCCCUUUAACUUUUUGUUGAACGAUAAAGUAGCUUUUGUAUAUUAAAUACAUAUAUAAUUAUUUUAACUAUGUCCGCUGCCAUCAGUACCAGUGGUGAAUCCCCUGUUCUUUUUAAUACUACGUUUGUUUGGGGAAACAAAAUCUGAAGUAAAAUUGUCGUCCCUCCUAAUCUUGAGCUGUAGUCUAGUUUCCUGUUAUUACAUUUAUGUUCCCUUUUGUGAUUUUUGUUUUUUAAUAAUGUAUUUUUUUGUAUAUCUAAACUUUUAUUUGCUGUUGUCUCUUUGAGCGAAAUGUAAAGUGUCUUAUUUUCUUUGUACAUUGUCCUUCAUAGGAGGUUCAAAAACCUGCAGACCCGUGGCUUUUUAUUAACUAAAUAACACUAAGCUUCAAAACACCCCCCUUUUCUUUUUGUUUUCAUUAUUUUUUUCUUAUAUUCUACCCCGCUUGAUCUUCCUGUGUUUUAUUCACAUUCUCUAUUCAUAAUCUUGAGUUGACGUUCGAGUCCGGUUGCAGUAAACCGCUGACUUUUAAGAACUCAGACCAUUUCAAGAUUGUUAAAAAUAAACAACUUAGUGGAAUAAUUAGUUUUUGAAGCGAUAGUCAGGAUGCAGUUUUUGAAUGGGGCAAAUGGACAGAAAAAAAACACAAACCAAUGACUUCACUGACCUCUGCUGGAACCAGUCUGUGUGUAUAUCUGUAGUUUAUUGUUGUAAUAUAUUUAGAGGCAUUUUUUUAAUCAUGGAAAAAAUAUAUUGGGCAAUUUUUUGGGAAUGCAUGAGUUUCUAAUAGUUUUCUUUUGUAGGAAAGUAAUAUUGGCACAACAGUUUUUGUAACAAAACCAGAAAACUUUGGCAUGUUUUAAAAAUCUCCUGACCUGUUUUGAAGUAGAUGCUGCAGGAUAUCUCAUUAUUUUGCAGUGGAACUGCAUAGGUAAGCAUGCGCUGACCUACUAAAGUCAUGUUACAGAAGCUAGGGGGGGAGAGAAAGGAUAACCAUAGAAAAUAUUCUAGGACAGCUGAAUCUGAUUUGAGAGAGGACAUGAAGCCUGUUUGUAAAAUAUUUUGUAAAUUAGUCUCAGCAUGGUCUUCACAGAGGAAAAACCACUCUAUUUAUCAUACUGUUUUGAUACCGGCGAUGGCCAAAUCAUGACUUCCAAGACAAAACCUAUAUGUGCUGCUUGCAGUGCACACAACUUGGGCCUCUAUACACACAUUUAGCUUUUAGAUUAGCUGGACAGAAUAUAGAAAACCCAAUUCUACAAAUGUAAUAGAAGUGUGUGUUCUGGUGGGUUGAGUCAGAGUAAAGGAAUAUGGAUGUCUGUGUGCUGUAUGUAACCAUGUUUUAAAUUCUCCACAGAGAUAAGGAGAAUGUAUUAAUAUGUAUCUCACGGUUAUGAAAUAACCUGUAGCAAGACCUGCAUAAAAGAGAAAGGAGCGAAAUAAAUAAAGGCUGCGAUGUGAUUAAAGAGGAAGUUGGUGCCAAUGACUGAAGUGUUAACAGAGUUUUCCUAUUUACCUCAUGAUGAAUCUGGGAGGAAAGACACCUUGUCCACUGUGUAUAGAUGCUAGUAGACUGGUUGUUGGUGUUUUGUCUGCUCCUUACAUUUUUGUUAACUUUACUGUUAUUUCAUAUGAAUCUGAUCUUGUACAUUUGUCAUAAUAAAAUGGGUUUCAAGCCUCA